AUGUCCUUCAAAUUCGGCCUCAAUGUAAAGAACAAACUAGGAAAUGGACCCGCAAAGCCUGGGCUCGGGAAAAAGAAGAAAGCCAUCUUCGGCGAGGACGAAGAGGAUGUAAAAGGCAAAGCGAAAGCCGUCGAUAACGUGCAAGAAAUCGGCGAGUUCAACUUUGAGGACACCCUUUCCGCCUCCUCCGAACCCUCGAAGCCAGCGCCAAUGAAACCGAAGAAAGGGCAACCGCCGGUACCGCCGUCAAAGAAGGCCAAAGCAAAGGAGGAUGAUCCUACAAUAAUCGGCUACUCCGCAAGCGCAAAGGAGGCCGAGCAACGCGCUCUCGAAGCCGCACAACUCGAUUCUACCAUCUACGACUACGACGGUGCCUAUGAUGCGCUGCACGCCCGACAGGCUGCCAUAGCAGCGGCCAACAAGGAAGACGCUGCGGCCCGAAAACCAAAGUACAUAGACUCACUCUUCGAAGCCUCGGAGCAGCGCAAGAAGGACCAGUUACGUGCGCGCGACAAACUCCUUGCCCGCGAAAGAGAAGCCGAGGGCGAUGAGUUCGCCGACAAGGACAAGUUUGUAACGGGCGCGUACAAGGCGCAGCAAGAAGAAGCGCGCAAAGCAGAGGAGGAGGAAAAGAUCCGACUCGAGGAAGAAGAGAGGCAAAAGGCCAAAUUUGGCAUGCAGGGCUUCCACAAGCAGAUGCUUAUGGAGCAAGAGAAGCGGCACCAGGAGGCUAUGAAGUACGCUGCGGAGGCGGCCAAGGAAGGGGCCAAGCCGUUUGAGGUUGAGAUGGAGAAGAGCGACAGGGAGCUUGCCGAGGAGGCGCGGAAGCAGGGGAAAAACAUCACCUUGAACGAUGCAGGUGAAAUCGCGGACAAGCGGCAGCUGCUCAGUGCUGGCUUGAACAUUGUUGCAAAGCCAAAGUCGGCUUCUUCCAAGGCAGCGGAAGCGAGUAAGCCUGCUGCCAGUCCGUUGACGUACCAGCCCAAGGCGGGCAAGCAGGCGCAACGGGAACGACAGACACACAUGAUUGCUGAGCAGAUCGAGGCGGCGAACAAGCGCAAAGCGGACGAGGAGGCAGAGGAACAAGCGAAGCUGCAGCAUGCAGCCAAGAGCCAGAAGACGGCGACGGAGAUCAGCAGUGCAAAGGAGAGAUAUUUGCAAAGAAAGAGGGAGGCUGCAGAGGCAAAGGCGAAGGCGGGCAAGUAG